UUUGACGUCAGCUGCACUUGGAGCUUGACCAUGUUCGGGGAAAACCUGUCGACUGACGCGGAAGAUUUCACUUUGUGUCUCACGCCAGGAAAGUAUGGAGUUGAGGUUGGAAGAGAGCUGACGAUUAUUUCUCGGAAUAUUCUUACUCUUGUUCAGUCCAGCUGGGCGUGAAAGUUUGAACCUUCAAACUUUCUCCACUCGAAAGUCGGCGAGUCGCUGUCUGAAGCCAUGACAAGAGGCCUACUCUCACCGCUCGCCACUUGUCAAGUUCGUGCCCCGGUCUUGACACCAUGGACGGUCCCCGGGUAUAACCAGGGACCUAAACUCAAACUCCUAGUCCUCUACAACUGUGAUACUUUGUGAAAAAUGCCACCAAAUGUUGUGACCACCAUGAAGCGAAAACUAGAUGACUUCAUUGACGAUGAAGGAAGCUAUGGCUCCCAGCGCCAGUCUGUCCUCAACAUAUCUAUGUGCAAGCUGAAAAUGGUUCCAAGGCGGCGAGUGGAACCAUGUCUUCGACGUAGUGUCCUCAUCUUAAACACAUUGAAACACAUCGAAACUGAGUUAGAGAUGGAGGGUGUGUAUUUCACCUCUCCUACUGACGCCACAUUUAAUCUCACCGAUCCAUCACAUGGCAAGAUUGAUCUUGAUCCCCUGCCAGAAUGCAACUCAAACCCUUCUUUUCUGCAGCCAUCAUCUGUAUCAUUUUUGCCUCAUGUUGCCACCGAAGGUCCACCCUCACCUAUGCCAAAACCAGUUCAAGAUGUAGAAAAUAUGGACACUAGUGCUAAAGACACAUCAGGGAAAACUGUGUUAGACUUGGUGCCUUGUAAACUGGCAACAGCCGAAGUGUUGCCAUGCACCCCCGUAUCAAAACUGUCAGCUUCCAGAAGUUAUAUAGAAGAUGCAAAUAAUAAUCUGUUGCCAUCAUCAUUUGCCAGUUUUGCAUCCAACUCGUCUGCCUCAUGGAGUGAAGACUUUAGUGAUAUAGACAUAAGUGUGUGUGAUGUCGAUAUCUACUCAAUUUCAUCUGCAAUGAAACUUACACCUCUCAGUGCUGAGGAGGUGCUUCAUUCCUUUCCAAAUACUUCAGGACAUGCCAGUGACAGUUACCCAUCUUUCAUAAACUCACAAUGUGGCACUUCAUUUAGGAACGAAUCGGUGAUGGACGAUUUAGACAAUAUCAUGCAGAUUCUUGUUGGGAUGUGAUCGUCAUGGUGUAUGUUAUAUAUGUACAAGUCACAGCAUAACACAAAGACUUACAAGAUACAUGAUAUUUUUACAUAUUUUUACAGGGAGACUGUACUGACAUGUGUCAGGUUAAUUUAUUGUGAACUUCUGUUUUGUCUGUGGUCAUAUGAUGACUGAUCAUAGUAAUGUACAAUUUGGUUAUUUAUUGACAACUAUCAUGCUUUGAUGCAAGGAUAUUGUAAUAAUAGCCACAGGACUUAUCAAAGCACAUCAUUGGCCAUGUUAUCAAUAAUGUGCAUUGGCCUGGAGACAUCCAAUUUGAGAAGGCGCCAGUUUUGCUCAUAUCAGUGGUUGUGAUGGUCUCCAUAUUGAACCAUGUGCAAUCUUCCAGGCUUCAUUAGUGUCAAAAACUUUUGAUAUGAUUUUUAUCAACAGUGGCCAUAUAUUUUUGAGCAUGGAAGUAUAAAAACUUGAAUUAUGCAAUGCAUGAAUUCUGUAAUGCUAAAGGGAGAUAAUCGGGAAAUUGGACUGGUUUCCUGGUUGGAAUGAACUGACUUUGAACCAAAUAUGCAUGGCAGUGGAUGAAAUGCAAUUCACCAAAUGGUGCUUAUUGUUACAAACUAUCACAUUGUGGUAUCAUUUAAAAGAACAACUUAGUGCACAGGAGGAAAAAUCUGGACAGAAACAUUGAAUAUAUUGUAGUGCAUACCAAUUACCAUCGGAUAUGACAAUUCCUAUUUUCUCUAUGGUAAAAUAGUGUUGUAUUAUGCCAUACUUUCUAGUGCUGAUAAUUGAAUACAACUUUUGAAGGAAUCAGUUUAAUGGCAAAGUUAUUGUGCAUAAGGAUUCAGCUAUUGCUGAUUUCAACCAACCAACCAACGUCACACAUUUCAGUGUAGUGCACCUUUUUUAUACCACUCAAAUUGAUAAGUUGUUGUUGAUGAAUAAGUCAUCAUGCUGAAAUUGAAAGGUUAUUUGGAGGAUCUUUGAAAUUUAUGGCAAUAUUUUCAUGUUUGAUCUUCACAUCCAUACUGCAUUACUUGUGAUAUGCCGGUUAUAGGUGUUUCGUCAUACAUUACUCAUGCCAUUGCAUUGUUUCACAACAUGAUGCAAAGCCCAUUAAGUUCAUAUUGGUUUUAAGUUAAUCAUUAGAAUUAUUACCUUAGUCUCAGAGCAACAGUAGUGAUGCCAAACAAAUAUGCUAUGUGGACAGAUCUAGUCAAAUGUGUCUUUUUGGCACUUGUUUCACAAUUUUGAAAAUAUUUUCAAAGGUGUAUUUAUAUCCUUAGCAUAUGCAUUUCAUAUAAAUGAUUGCUAGAUUAGAUACUCAAAUUGCAACAUAGCAAAGAAAGCAGAACUUCAAAUUGAUUAGUGUACUCAUAUUUGGGUUUGGGUUAACUUAAUGCAAAAACUGCAGGUUCUUUUAGUGUUUUAAAGAUUACUAAAAUUUGCGUUUGAAAUCACUCAUAUAUUAAAUAUUCCCUAGUAUUACUUAUAUUGUUAGUAUAUGCCAAGGGAAAUAUUGUCCAUGGUAGUAACCACAGAAUCGGAAUGUUACCCAAGCAGAAUGUUAUUCUUCUCUCUGGCAUGUCAACCUGUUAACUCUAGGCUAUAAAUGAAGGGUCAGUCUGACCUGGACUUUAGUUCUCAAUGAUUAGCAUGCAAGCAUCAACAGUUCAUAUUUUUCAUCAGUUAAAUAUUUUACCAACCUGUGUAUUUUAUUCAUGAUUAUUAUAUUCAUAUUCAUUUAUUACUCAGCCAUUUCUUCCAUCCUGAAGAGAUAAGUCAUUUUUGAGUAGGAACAUACUGUCUGCAGAUUUCUAUAAAAUCAUUUUGUUGCUGUAAUUUCUUAACUGGGCUGCUGUCGACUUCUCCACAACAUUGGCCAAGGAUUAAGUUGUUCGGUUGUUUAAAUUUGUUUUCAUAAAUCUGAAAAUGUGUAUGUUGCAAACAGUAUUGAAUGGUCUGAAAAUGAAUGAAAAGAGAAACUGUAUAUUUUGUCAAUAAUACCUGUCAGAUGGAUAUUUCACAUUGAUGAAAAGUUGAGAAUAUUUUUACCGAUGUUAAAAGAAUAACUUUUGGCAAAUGGGUCCAUGCUGUGUCAGACAUGAUAGUACUGGUGAUAGUUCAGGCUUCCAUAGAAUCAGCUGAGGCAAUGUCACUUGUUUUUUCAUGCACAAUAAAGAGUUUAUUGCAAACAAUACUUACAUCCCAAGGAUUGUUUAAAGAGAAAUUAAAAGUUUCUUUCAUAGCAAUAAGUCAAGGAAUGUAUUUAUUCCUUUGACAGGUUACAUGAAGUCCUUGGGAAGUUCUACUUAGAGAAAUAGCAAAUACAGCUGUUACCAUGGUAUCACUAUGUGUUAAUAUUGUUAAUGUUGACAUUUUGCAGUCAUUACAGCUUCACAUUGAACUAUCUCAUAAUACCAGCUAACUGUUCUAUAUUGGCAGCAGAAAUGAUUUGAGCUCAAGAUCUCAGUGGCAAAGUAGAGAUUUUAGUAUUGAUACAUUUGUGUGAUACAUAAUAAUUUAUGUAUUGCUUCAAGAAAUUGAAAUUAAUAUAUUUGUGAAAUGACUUUCUCGCCACAUCUGUGAUAUAUACUUGUAUGUACAUUUUCAUAGCUUGUGCAGGAAGUUGAGUUGUAAUUUAAAACAGUUGCCUAUUUUGCUUGUAACACUGUAUCUUGCCAAGAUCACUCAUGAUUUUUAUUUCUCAUGUGAUCUUUUACAGGUAUAUCAUAUUUAUUUGAAGAACUAUCAGUUUGAGAAUAUCAAAUUAUUUAUUGUCAGCACUAACAGAAUUUAUUUAUUCGCUUCAAAAUACUAAACAUGGCUCGGGGCACAAAACGACCAGUAUUCCAAAUGUUUUUUGUAUGUGUUUUACCGUCCGCCGAGGUAAAUAAAAACAAGUCAGAAUAUCUACAGAAGGUAACGUCAAAUAUUUCUCGUGGAAAAUUGUCUUCAAACGGCAGCAAACUUUGUUGGCAAAAAGCUAAAUCAGUUAUGUUCAUACCUUACGUACGUUAUGACAAAUAAGUUUUUUUUAUGUGCUUGAAACCAUCGACGAAACUUAUUUUCCACGCCAGGGAAAUAUCUCGACGCUGGUACAUAGCUGUUUGACCCGGUUAACGCAGGCUCGGCCGUCCCGAUCACUGGAGGCGGGGCUAGGUCGCGUCGAUCACGCUCAGCCUUCGUGACUUCGUCGUCAUAGUUACUGGUACAUAAACUGCCCAGGAUGGCUGGAAAAUGGGUCGAUGUUUGCCGAGUGUAGGCCAAGGCUAGGGUUGGCUCAACUUAUUGGUCGCCUCCGCUGUUGGGGCCACUAGCUUGAGCGCGCUGAAGCUAAACUCGCAGAAGAUUUUGCAGAAAUUAAUUUUCUGAAUCCUUUGAUAAAUUUUGCGUUCGUUUGCCAUCGCAAUAUGAUAUUUCGAUGUCAGAAAUUUAUGUUGGUUACAAAUUCUAUUCGGUUCGUUGUACUUUAAAAGCGUUCGCGGAAACUGAAUAGGUCGUUUUUCUGUUUGUCAAAAGUUGGUUUUCUGUUGAUAAAAGGAGAUAUUCUGUGUAUAUAUUGCGUUGAUUUCCUACUGUUCUCAAGGACAUGGAAAAUUGUUUUGUACAGACAGUGAAGGAAGAUGCUUCACAUGUUUUAUGUUAUUUAUUACAUGUUCAUAUGUUUAUCAUGGAAAACAAAGAAUAUUACCAUACGUUGUUUUCACUUUUAAUUCAUAGUAGAGCAUAGUAUUAUCUGAAAUCCAAACGUUAUAUUUUAAUACUGAAUCAUGUGUAAAUAUUCAACAAUUAUUUUAUCAGUAGUUCUCAAGUCUUUCUCAUACUUUCUACUCUUUGAAUAUAUCUAUCUUUGUAGAAGAAAGACAUUUUCAAAAUAAAACUUCAGAUGUCAAUAAGUA